AUGAGCGACUCGGAUUGUUCGAGCUGCGAGGAAGACGUGGAUUCUGGUAUCGUUGAUGAACCCGCUCAGCAGCGUCGUGACGUCGACUGCAUGGAUCUUUCGGAAUUCUUCAGUUAUUGCUUCGUAAUCUGUGAAAAGGCUAAGACUUUUCCAGCUUCUCUUCUUCAAUUUCAAGGGGUGGGGGGGUUCCCCUGUUCUUCACUCUAG